CAGCGCGGCAGAGGGGCGAGCCGGAGGGAGCCAUGAGGAGCAUCAUCGCCGUCGCUGCUGCUGCUCCCGCCGCCGCUGGGGUCCACGGGUGCCACAGCAGCAGCAGCUGCCGCCCCUCCGCCGUCCCACCCGGAUCCCCGCCACGCCGAGCCCUCCUGCCCCUCCGCGGUUCUUCCCCGCACCGAUCCCCCUGCAUCCCGCGGCAAUGUGUGAUCCUCCCCUGUCAAAGUGACCAGAUUGACUGAGUCCUCUUUCUUCCCUUGCCCCAUUGCAUCUUCCCACCCAUGUUCUCUCUCCUUCUCUCUCUCCCACUGGGAAGGACGGAUCUGAGAAAAAAGAACAGCCAAGGAAUACAACAGGAGAUUGCUGAAGAUCUCCAGAGAGGACCUUCGACUCCUUUUCAUGUUACACAGAUCUACCUGAACUAAUUCGCCUGGCAAUGAAGUGUGGUGUGCUACUUGCAUCUGCUUUAUCUUCUUUUGAUCUCUGCCCACAACCUCUGGUAUUUUCAGAGCAAAAUCUUAAUGAACUUGAAUAAAGAUGUGGAUGUUUUUCGGCUGGGAAUCCUCUAGCUACAUCUGAGCUGGCUAACCUUCCCUUGAAAAGAGUGUGGAUAUUAUUGUAUGGGAAGUGAUCAAAGCAGCACCCUUCUUUGUUGGGAUAACACUCUCAUAUGCCUGCAGCAAAACUAGCUUGGAUAGCCAUGCCUUUGCUAGGGCCCUCCGAUCCGCUGAUUCUUGGCCGCAACUGAGCAAAGUAGCAGCUCGCCGAUAGUCUUCCAAAGCAUCCUUCUUUGGACAGUCCCUGGCUUUUGAUGGUGACGACCUCUUUGUGAAAGUUUCAUUCUCUCCCAUCCCUGCAAGAUGGCUGCAGGAGUGGCAGCGUGGCUGCCGUUUGCUCGAGCAGCGGCCGUGGGCUGGCUCCCACUGGCCAAGAAGCCCAUGCCCAAGCCUCCUCCCGACAAGAAACGCCGUACUGAUGAAAUUUUGGUGGUCAAUGUCAGUGGGAAGCGCUUCCAGACUUGGAAGAAUACUUUGGACCGUUACCCUGAUACCUUGCUAGGCAGCUCGGAGAAGGAAUUCUUCUACGAUGAAGACAGCACAGAGUACUUCUUCGAUCGCGACCCAGAGAUGUUCCGCCACAUCCUCAACUUUUACCGCACGGGCCGGCUCCACUACCCCCGCCAUGAGUGCAUCCAGGCCUUCGAUGAAGAGCUAUCCUUCUACGGCAUCAUUCCAGAGCUCAUUGGUGACUGCUGCUUGGAGGAGUAUCGGGACCGCAAAAAAGAGAAUGCGGAGCGUCUUGCGGAGGAUGAAGAGGCCGAGAUUGCCACCGACACAGGUUUGCCGCCAGACAGCACUUUCCGCCAACGGCUCUGGAGAGCAUUCGAGAACCCCCACACCAGCACCAUGGCUCUGGUCUUCUAUUAUGUGACUGGAUUCUUCAUUGCUGUGUCGGUCAUUGCCAACGUGGUGGAGACUAUCCCAUGCCGGCCGCCUCCAGGGAAGAAGAGGAACCAGCCUUGUGGAGAACGUUUCCCCAAUGCUUUCUUCUGCAUGGACACCGCCUGUGUCCUCAUCUUUACCUUUGAGUAUCUCAUGCGGCUCUUUGCAGCCCCGAGCCGAUUCAAGUUCAUGAAGAGUGUGAUGAGCAUCAUUGAUGUGGUGGCCAUCAUGCCAUACUACAUUGGGCUUGUGAUGCCGGAAAAUGAAAACGUUAGCGGGGCCUUUGUGACACUGAGGGUCUUCCGGGUCUUCCGUAUCUUCAAGUUCUCCCGGCAUUCGCAAGGACUGAGGAUCCUGGGCUACACCCUCAAGAGCUGUGCCUCGGAGUUGGGCUUCCUCCUCUUCUCGCUCACCAUGGCCAUCAUCAUCUUUGCCACUGUAAUGUUCUAUGCUGAGAAGGGCACUGCGGAGACCAACUUCACCAGCAUCCCCGCUGCCUUCUGGUACACAAUUGUCACCAUGACCACGCUUGGCUACGGUGACAUGGUCCCAAGCACCAUCGCAGGGAAGAUCUUUGGCUCCAUCUGCUCCCUUAGCGGGGUGCUGGUCAUCGCCCUCCCUGUUCCUGUCAUCGUUUCCAACUUCAGCCGGAUCUACCACCAGAACCAGCGGGCAGAUAAGCGACGAGCGCAGCAGAAAGUUCGCCUGACCCGGAUCCGUCUGGCCAAAAGUGGCACUACUAAUGCUUUCCUUCAGUAUAAACAGAAUGGAGGCCUUGAGGACAGAGAUCCAGACACACAUGCCUUGGCUGUGCGCAACCGCUCAGCCUUUGAGCAGCAGCACCAUCACUUGUUGCACUGCCUUGAGAAAACUACUAGUCAUGAGUUUACUGACGAACACUCCUACAGCGAGUUCUGCCUGACUGAGCCCCUGGGCUACCGCACAAGCCGCAGCACCUCUCUCUCCUCCCAGCAAGGCAGCAAAGGGGGGCUCAGCUCCUCCUGUUGCCCCCGACGCACCAAACGCCGCACCACCCGCCUGACCAACUCCACCAUGACAAUGAGCCGUGCCAGUGCUCAGGAGCUGGAUACGAUAAACAGCCAAAAAAGUGCUGCCCCCCAGAGUCGCUCCAGCCUGAACGCCAAGACCCACGACAACUUGAAGCUAAACUGUGACGCCCCAGACUUCACUGCAGCCAUCAUCUGCAUUCCCACUCCUCCUGCCAACACGCCUGACGAGAGCCGGCCCCCUUCGCCUGGAGGAGGCUCCGGUGGACCCCUGCGCAAUUCCAGCCUCUCCACCCCAUACAUCCUCCACGAGACUGUCAAGAUCUCCUCCUUGUAAGAGGAGACUGGGGUGGGGUGGGCCGCUUCCUCCGUCCUUCCUCUCCCCAAAGUCACUGCUGGCCCUCAGGGGUCCCGAUCAGGAGCUUCUCUCUGCACAGGCCUCCCACCCUGCCCUUGAGCUGCAGCCUGGGGAGCUCCAUUGGGGUGCCACACCGUUUUUGUUUUGUUUUGAGGCAAUGUUGGUGGCCACCAAUGAGGAGAACUGGGGCCCCAGAGCUUCCAACACCCGCCUGAUCCCCCUCCCUCACUCCUGCAAUCAAAGCCAUAUAUGAGAGGGGAGGUGGGUGCCAGAUGCUAUGCAACCAUAGAGGCAGGCGGAUACGGGUGCCCCAUUAAGGGAGUCUGUCCCAAACACUUGGAGAAAGACAGAACGUGAAAGACAAUUUCAUUCCUUCAGUUGUCCCCUGCAUUGGAAAACAGAGCAAGGGCUUAGGAGUGAACUGAGAUUCCUGUGCGGGUUUCCUCAUCUUCUAACUUUAUAAAAGAAGCAGGGUUUGGGACCUGAAGAGUGGCCGGGAUAGAAAACAACGCCUUUGGCUUUGGAAGAGAGCAGAAGCCUAAUAAUGGGACUGGAAAUUUCUUGUGUAAGCAUGUUCUUCUGCCAUGCUCAACGUUUACUAAGAAAACAUGGGCUCUUUCUAAGGACAGAGGCUCUCUUGGGUCAUGUCCCACAGCACCAUUGGGGAAGUUGUGCUGUGGGAUGAAAAGUAGGGACUGUGGAGUUUAUUCCAGCUGAGGAUGAGGUAUCGUAUGGGAAAAGAAGGGAGAAAAACACAAACUGAAUCCACUAAGCUUCCAACCAUUUUCUUCCUCAUCUUCAGUCUCUUCUGACUGAGACAAAGACGUUACUGGGUUGAAUGCCACCCUAUAUGCCUCUUUCUCUUCUUCCCUCUCAGCCUUCCUGUCCCUCCCAGUCCCCAUUCUGUCUCUAGGAAACUGCACUUUAAAAACAACAAACAACAAAGACAGUCUAUUGCACCAAAACGCAACGCCUCAUGGGAAUCUCAUACAUCACACUUUCCCACCCAGACCACACAAACACACAGACACACCUGCAGCCCCCUCACCAUGUUGCAUCAAGACUGUGCAUGUGUACAAUACCUCCUCCGAGAGCAGGAAAUCCUGAGUCCACAGCUACAGAACAUCGCAAGCAUGCAUAGCCGGCCUCCCUGUUCUCAAUCAACCCAUCCCAGACUGAAGAUAAUGCUGUGAAGAACCUGGAGGGGAAGCCCCUGAAGAGCAAGGAAGUGGCUUGUGCCACCACCAUCUUCUUCCUCUUUCAGAUAUCCCUCUUUCCAAAACUCCAGUUAUUAUAAAUAGUGAGCAAGCAAGA